CGCAAUCUUGGGGCGGGAAAUAAACUGCUCACAUUCCCCUUUUUAAUUGCGCCUGCAUGUUUUUUUCCUCUUUUCAAACAUGAAUACUAUAAUAUUAAGCUUGUGGGCCUCUUUAGUCUUUACCACCCAACAGCCCCUGGUUUUUUCGCACAUCCUAUAUAAAUCUGCGUCCUCUGUUCUGCACCUUUUUCCUUAACCCCACAAACAACAAAUUUUCUUUGUCUGACAUUUCAUCGAACAGCUAUCGGGUCUUUGUUCCCAAUUCGUUUUUAUCAUCAAUAUUUUUCUUUCUUGCUUCAGAUCCGUUGUUUCCGGGUCACAACGCAUACGGACAAACCCUUUUGCAUGCCGGAGAAAAAAGAUCGAGUCUUGUUCAUAAUUUUUGGAGAAAAUAAAACAGGGGCGAACAAGUUUGGCUUUUUAUUUUUUUGAAAAAAAAUAAAGAAAAAAAUUGUUUUUUCUUUUGAUCAUGUUAGUAGAAGCUGCGAAUUUGGUGGAGAGGUUCAAGAGGCAAGAUAAGGUUAGGAGUGUUCAUAAUAAGGUUGUAAAGAAGAAAAGAUGUCGGAGAAAGGUUAGGAUUCAGCUGAGGGAGCCUGCGAGGAUAGCUUCCACGACUUUACAGGAGCUUUUUGAUUGCUGUAAACACGCUUUUAAAGGGCCUGGGACUGUUCCGUCACCUGUCGACGUGCAAAAGCUGCAACUUAUUAUCGACUGUAUGAAGCCAGAAGAUGUUGGGCUCAGUAAAGACCUUCAAUUCUUCAAACCUAAGCCUGAAGUUGAAGGGACUACACCAAGAGUCACCUCAGCCACCAUACACAAAUGUCAAAACUUUGAGUUGUGCAUUUUCUUUAUUCCUGCAAAAGGCGUCAUACCUCUUCACAACCACCCGGAAAUGACCGUUUUUAGCAAGCUUCUCUUAGGGACAAUGCACAUAAAGGCAUAUGAUUGGGUUUUUGAUACUCCCAAUAAAUUCGAUGAUCGAUCGACCAUUCCAUCCAAAUUGAGACUGGCGAAGCUAAAGGCCAACAAGACAUUCACGGCCCCAUGUGAUACUUCGGUUUUGUAUCCGACUUCGGGAGGAAAUAUUCACGAAUUUAGAGCAUUAACGCCUUGUGCAGUGUUGGAUGUGAUCGGACCUCCUUAUUCCAAAGAAGAUGGUCGUGAUGGUUCGUUUUAUAAAGAGGCUACAUAUGAUACUUUAUCGGAUGUUGAAGAAUGUACGAAGAAGGUUGAGGUUGUUGGAGGCUGUUAUAGAUGGCUCGAGGAAAUUGAGAUCCCGAAAGAAUCGAAGAUGGAUGGCAUUAGUGCGCGCAGGUAUUGGCAGGAAAGGAAGGAAAUGAGAGAUAGCAAAUAG